GGUAACCGUCACAACAGCAGCAGCUGGUGCGUCAACUGCAGCGUGACAGACCCGCUGAUUGUCGAGGGAGACAACAUGGGCAAGUACACGCUGUGGAAUGUGCGGUUCAAGCUGGCCAAGGGCGGCCACAUCACCGUCAAGAAACGAUACAGCGAUUUCGAGAGCCUCCACCAGGUGUUGGCCAGGCGAUACGGAAAACAGGUGGUUGUGAACGCCCUACCGCCGAAGAACAGUCUCUUCGAGGAUCGUUUCUCCGGCGAGUUCCUCGAGCGGCGCCGGAGCGGCCUAGAGUACUGGCUCAACAGCGUCGUGCUUGACCCGCUGCUGGGCUACUCAGGCGAAGUCCGCCGCUUCGUGCUC